UCCUCAUGGCGCUCGGGCUCGCCGGGUUUGUGCUCUGUUUGAGCGGACUGAACCUCAUCCUCGCCGCGGAUCAUCCGUCCUAUGUGGCGGCGGUGUAUGAGCACCGAGUGCGGCUGAACCCGAACCCCAGAGUCCCGCUGGACCGGAGACCCGCCCUGGAGCACAUGAAGCAGAACCUGCGUGUGUUUGAAGAGCAGACAGUGCUGGCAGCACAGCAGGGUGCCCAGAUCAUUGUGUUUCCAGAAGACGCCAUCCAUGGGUUCAACUUCACCAGAGCUUCUAUCGCUGGUUAUCUAGAGACCGUUCCCGACCCUCAAGAGGUCACAUGGAGUCCAUGUGCUGAUCCACACAGAUUUCCAGACACUGAGGUCCUCCAAAGCCUCAGCUGUAUGGCUCAUAAGAACCGUCUCUUCGUGGUGGCCAACAUGCCGUCCCGUCAGAGCUGUAACCGAACCGCCGACCCUCGCUGUCCUGCGGACGGCCAGUACCAGUUCAACACAAACGUGGUGUUCAGUGACCAGGGCGUCAUCGUGGCCCGAUAUCACAAACAGAACUUGUACUUUGAGGCGGCAUUUGACGCUCCACCAGAGUGCGAGUACGUCACUUUCACCACACCGUUUGCAGGCUUAUUCGGGGUGUUUACGUGCUUCGACAUUCUGUUCCGUGACCCGGCGUUGACUCUAGUAAAGGACAUGGGCGUCCGGCAGAUCGUGUAUCCCACCGCGUGGAUGAACCAGCUCCCCCUGCUGGCCGCCGUACAGUUUCAGCGCUCGUUCUCGCACGCGACGGGCGUCACGCUGCUGGCCGCCAACAUCCGAGCCGCUCAGUACGGCAUAACCGGCAGCGGCAUCUUCACGCCAUGGGAUUCGCUCAUUCAUCACGAUAUGAAGGGGGAUUCUGGGAAAUUGCUGGUGCGUAGAGUGCCAGUUUUGGAUCCAGCUUUUAUUGGGGAUGCAGCAUGGCCUACACUGAUGCCAUUUUCUGGGUAUCCAAAAGAGAAACUGAGGGCAGAAGAACCAGAAAAGAUGCAUUUUUGGCCUACAAGUAGCUUUGACCCAGAUGAUAGUGUAAAAUACUGCCAAACGGACUCUAAAUGUGCACAAGAACCUACAUCUACAACCUUUACCUCCAUCAUGAUGUAUGAUAAUUUCACUUUGGUCCCUUUGCGAGGCAGUAAAGGGAACAUUAGCAUUUGUAGUGGCUCUGUCUGCUGCCACCUGCUGUUCCGGAGGUCCGACACGCAUGAGUUUUACGCUCUGGGCGUCUUCAACGGCCUCCAUGCGGUGCACGGGACGUAUUACCUGGAGGUUUGCGCUCUGGUGAAGUGCACAGGUGAACAUCACAGCAGCUGCGGAGAAGAAACCGAACACGCUCGUACACCGGUGGACUUCAGGCUGACGGGGACCUUUACGACUCGACAUGUGUUCCCUGGAAUUCUGGGUAAUGGGAUGGCUCUGGAUAUUCCGGAUCAUUCUGGUUGGGAGAGAGGAAACCGCUUUUACAUGAGCCGGACGGGAAUGAGCGCUGGACUCGUAACGGCUGUGCUGUAUGGGAGACACUAUGAGAAGGACAAUGAUUAAAACUUUCAUAGGACACUAAUUAUAGUACACUACAAAUAACAUGAAUUAGAUCAUUUCAUCUUAUUGAACUGCAUUUCUUCACCCAAAAAUGGAAAAUUCUGUCAUAACUUUUUAAUAAAACCUCAUUCCAAGCCUAUAUGUUUUUUUCCCUGUCAAACACUGUUUUUAAGAAUAUUUAUGCUCUUGUAUCACCUUAUUUUGCUACGUGGAAGUACGUUAUAUUCUGUGAAUGUGCGAGACUUGUGAUUCAUUAGCCGCUAUAGGUGAAUAACUAAAAUAACAACGUGCAGUAAAUGGAAA